CCCAGCCGCCUCGCGCUAGUGAAACGCUUUCUCACCGCUGUGCGCGGCCUGCGGGCUCUCCCCGCCCUCUGCUGCCAGAACCUUGGGGAUGUGCCUAGACCCGGCGCCGCGCACGUCCCGGCCAACAGCGAGCAGCAGAACAAACCUUUGGCAGGCGGCCAGGAAGCUCCCUCGCAGCCACCGCCCCCCGCCAGCGCCUCCCCCCCCCCCCCCCAUACAAUACAAGAUCUUCCUUCCUCGGUUCCCUUAAAUCACAGCCCAGGGAAAUCUCCUCGGAGCCCUCCUCCAGCCACUGGCCAGCAUGUCUGGGGGCAAAUACGUAGACUCGGAGGGACAUCUCUACACGGUUCCCGUCCGGGAACAGGGCAACAUCUACAAGCCCAACAACAAGGCCAUGGCAGACGAGAUGAACGAGAAGCAAGUGUACGACGCGCACACCAAGGAAAUCGACCUGGUCAACCGCGACCCCAAGCAUCUCAACGACGACGUGGUCAAGAUUGAUUUUGAAGAUGUGAUCGCUGAACCAGAAGGAACACACAGUUUUGAUGGCAUCUGGAAGGCCAGCUUCACCACCUUCACUGUGACGAAAUAUUGGUUUUACCGCUUGCUGUCUACCCUCUUUGGCAUCCCAAUGGCACUCAUCUGGGGCCUUUACUUUGCCGUUCUCUCUUUCCUGCACAUCUGGGCAGUCGUACCAUGUAUUAAGAGUUUCCUGAUUGAGAUUCAGUGCAUCAGCCGUGUCUAUUCCAUCUACAUCCACACCUUCUGUGACCCACUCUUUGAGGCUAUUGGCAAAAUAUUCAGCAAUAUCCACAUCAACAUGCAGAAAGAAAUAUAAAGGACAUUUCAAGCAUAGAAGCAUACCUGAUUCUUUUGUUUUUUUCCUUUUAAUUCUCUUGGUGCCAAUUUCAAGUUUCAGUUGCUAGGAUAGCAACGGUAUAAGAAUGAAUUUUGUUUAGUUGAGAACAAAGAAAUCGCUUCGUUUCCAUAAAUAUUGUCUUUUCUGAGCUAGUUCAUCUGGGGUGGGGGGGGGGCGGGUGUUUUGAUUUUUUUAAUUCAUUAAAAAUGUUUUCCUUAUAUUUUUAUUUGCAUGUGGAUACUUUGGGGUUUUUUUGCUGAGAUGUGAAAAUAUUAUUAAAAGAUAAUUGAGAGAAAUAUUAAGAACUGAGGAGGGGGAUAGAAAGAGCCAACAACUUCAACUACCUACUUUAAAAUGUUGAUCAUUUUAUAGUAAGGGAAGAAUCCUAGGCUGUAGCCAUUGAGUGUACAGGCAUAUAGGCUGAUUUUAAGCAAGUUCCCUCCCCAUUAUCUGAAGAUUUAUAUAAAAUCACUGCCAUUUACUUUAAUGAUCUAACAGAUCUAGUAUUUCUGAUCAAAUUAGAAAGCUAUUGUCUGCAUUCACGUGAUCUGACUAAUGCCUUACCCUUCCUGAAAUUUUUAACUUGUGAUACUUUCUGUGCCUGAAUAUUUGUUAUAUAGAUCAUGAGACCUAAGUGCCUUCCUGUGGCUUAUGUUUUCUUUUCAAAGAGGGUCCAAUUCAUGAUGUCAGCUUCCUCCUCUGCUAAGUCCAGACGUGGAGAUCUAUUCAUGAGCUAGUUGUCCAUGCUGAUAUCUGACUCUGAGACCCAGAGUCAAAUGACGUUUAUGUACGCACUGGACCACGCAGCGUUUUCAUUUAUAUUGAGAAUGGUCACCAUCAGCUCCAUGAAACAAAUUAAGGUGACCGGGCUAGCAGGAGUGCCAGUCAGCGGAACUGCCUCUCAUCAGCUGGAUGACGUCAGCAUGUCUAUUCAGCUUCGUUUGUUUUCAAGAGUGAUCACGCUUUCCUGAUUCCAAGCUAAUCCAUCACUGGGGUGGUUUAGAGGCUGAACAUUGUGUCCCCUUUUCAGCUAGCCAGUAGGCCUCCAGGAAAGGGCUGAUGAAAUGGAGGCCAUUGUGUGAGUCUGUCAGAAUUGUGGCAAAUGUGACCCCUUCAAAAGGAGAGCACUUGCAACCCUCUGUUCCGCUGUGACACCUCGCCCCCUCCCCUCGCCAGGAGCUUUGGACCUAAGGCAAGCAUCAUUUUGCUAGAAAGAAGGUGGGGGAAGAGGCAAUAAUAAAAGAUUGAGGUAAUUUUGCUGGAACCAGUUCAAAUUGAACACAAACUGAGGAAUUUUAACUGUAAACCUGAGUCAUAGAGAAAGCUGCCUGGUACAUACAAAAGCUUUUUAUUCCUCCUGCUCAUAUAAAGAUUCUGCCAUUAAGGAUUUCUUUUUUUUUUUUACCUUUGUUAUGCUAAUCUAUUUUCAUAUGCUUAUUGGAACGCCUUUUGUUUUAUAGCCUCUCUUCCACUUUUCCUGAAGCUUUGAUUAUCAACUUGUUUUUACUUAAAACAGACACUGGCAUGGACAUAGUUUGACUCUUAAACUGUGUGCAUAACUGAACAUGUACUAUACUACAUAUUUUUAAGUGUAAAGAUAUUUUUAUCUUUAUCGGAAGAAAAUCACUUGGGAAAUUGCUUAGAGAAUCAGUCUGUAAACUGUGUAUCUCAAGACAUGUCUGUUCUUCGUAGAUGCUUAGUCCCUCCCCUUGUGCAAAUAAACUGUCCAAAAGAUUGCUGAAAUUUUAUAUGCUUACUGAUAUAUUUUACACCUUUUUUUAUCCUGCAUGUCCUAUAACCGUUACAAGUCUACACAAUAAAAAUGUUUAACAGUC